UACUUAUUAAAUAGUUAAAAUGUCGUAAAGUUUCAUUCAAAAUGGCUUGCUGUACUGCACGUUGCACAUUGGUUUCAAUAUGCAUCUUCCAGCUGGUUUUUGUGCUAGAACGUACUGUGUUUGAUUCACUUGGACACAUGUAUGGCCUAGUUGUUGGAGAUGGCAUCCAGAUUAUCAUGGUUUUAGUUGGAGUUAUUGGAACAUACAGCUACAAACCCAAAUACCUUGUACCUUACGGAACCAUGCAGUUUCUUUGGCUAGGAUGGAACGCGUAUCUCGUAUGUUACUAUCUUGAAAUUGGUCUUCUUCAAAGGAAAGAAAUGUGGUCAUGGCCUCUAAAUUUGUCAAUGGAAGCACAAGAUUACUUUGACCAGAAACUGCUCACAUGCAACACUACAAGCACAGCUACUACUGGAACAAACACUGGUUACACAAUACCAGCCGAGGAGAAUGUUCCCGCUGAUUUUCCCAUGUACUAUCUGCUGAUGUACAGAGACCCAAACUGUCUGAUCAGGCCGCUCUGGUUCAAACUGCUCCAAUGCGCCCUCCAAGUUAUAUUUUCGUUCUUCGCAAUGCUGUACGUGUGUUACAUAGUCUACGGAUACGAAGAAGACGAUGAUUGCUUCGACUUCAUCGGAGGCUUCGACAACUACAAUCCAGGCUACCCGGAGCCCCAGCAAGGUCCCCCCAAACAUCACCCGGGGGCGGGGGGCUACUACCAUGCCAGUGCACCCAUGUCCCACCAUCAGAUGAGUGGGGGCAGUGGCAGCAGCAUGAUGAUGCAGCCCCUUCCUGGAAUGCACCCCCAAGUCAUGGAAGAGAUGGCAAACCGGCAAAAUUAUUACUAUCAGAGACAGAAUGCCCACCAAAGGGACAACAGGGGUGAAAUUCAGAUGUAUGUCGACUCCAGAGCAUAGAAAGCCACUUUGUUCCAAAAAGGAAUGAGAAUGGUCGGAAGAAUCACACUACCUGGUCAUACAUUAAGUCCAUAAGUCCAUGAUCCCCCAAAUAAACUUCACUUUAAAACUCUGUCUCAUUCUAUUUGAUGUACGAUCCAAGAAAAAAUUGUUUUUGAUGCUUCAAUAAGGAAGUCAAAUUGUGCAUCAAAACUGAUUUUUUUUCUUCCAGUGGGCUUGAAGGUAUUAAUACUUGGAGUUUGUUUCCUGCUAAAAGUAUAAUACCUAUGAGCAUGUAAUUAUACUUGAGAAUAUCUUCUGAUUUUGUAAUUAUUAUACAGUUCUAUCAUGCACAAAUUUCAUAACCCGAGUUUAACAGAUGCUCCGUGUCACUAAGUUGAAAAAGUCAACUGUUGUUUGAAGUCAUCUCCAGCAUUACUGAUUAUUGUUGCAGUAUAAGCUCAGUCGAAAGUUAGUUAAAUGUGAAUUAGGUAAUGAUUAUUUAAUUGAACCGCGCUGAAAAAAGCGGUGCUCAUUUUUAUAAUUCUAGUUUGUUUGCUCUUUUUGAUAAUUUCAAAUUCAGUGCUUUGUGUCCCCUAGGAGAAUAGAUUGCUAAUUAAAUGAAAUGAUUGCUUUAAUGAUCAUCAGUGUUUUCUCUCCUGUUUCAGAGAUAAGUUUUAUUUUUGUCCAAAUAAUUGGUACGAUUUGAAGUAAUAAUUAUAGUGCUUCACUCAACGAAAGUCGAUAAUUAUUUGAAUAUAUUUUAUAUAGUGUUACGCGAAAUCAUUGCAAAAACAGUACAUUCAAUUCAGUACACCAUUCAUGUAUGCAUGUUUUGAUCGUGGAGAUUAUUCUGAUGGAUGAAAAUAUUUACAUUUCUUUAGAAAUAAAUUGAACCUUA